UUAACAGUUCUUAACUGCAAGCUUAGUGAAUAUCACUGAAAUAUGUCUCAAAUAAGUAUUUUCAAACUGUUGCAAGUGCAACCUGACAUUUAAAAGCUAAAGCAAAGUUAUAUCGUGGGUCUCUGAAUUAAAAUAAGUUAUAACAUGAAUAUCCACCUAUCACCGAGCUGAUUAAAGUUAUGAUCGUCCUUCACUCGUAACGUCUGAACCGUUGACACCGAGACAACGGCAACUUGAUAGUGAGAGGACUAAGAAGACUUUAGCUCGCUUUAAUGUGAUUAACAUUAGGCUGAUGUAAAAAUGAACGACCAAUUUUCACUCAGUAAAAUCGACAGCUUCCUUUUUCAGCUUGUUCUUCAAACUCGUGAGCUUUCCCAAAAGAAGAAUGAAAUCAACCAACAAAUUACAGUUUGCAGAGCUGACAUUGCAAAGAGAAGGUCUUACAUUGAAACAGUCCAAACAAGUAUCAAGAAACUUGAGGAAGAAAUCAGGGUGAAGCAGAGCACUGGCAACCACAAUAAAGCAAAUGCAAAAAGCAUGAAGGCGACUAACAGCCUGCUUCUUCAGUAUGAACAUACACUGAAAGCAGAACUGGAGAGUGCAAAAGCCAGCUACAACCAAGACAUGGAAAUCUACGAAGAGAGGAUUUCAAGAUACAGGACUAUAUUCCAGUCCCAUAAAGAUCAUUAUUGCCAAAAUCCUCUUGCUCAGAAACUCCUCAUGCUGCAUGCCGAGAAAGAGGAGAUCGAGUUUAGGAUCAAGGCUUGUGAUGAUCAAAUAACAAUGAAACAGAUGGAGCUGGAAAAUCUCACUGGUCCAGCAAUCAAUUCUUCUUCCACUGAGACACUCCCAGACAGUGUUUCUGGCCAGCAGCCUGUGACAGAACCAGAGGAAGAUUUAGAUCCUCAGACAGAGGAUGACAAUGACUCUUCCAUUGACAUCUCCUCUCUGCAUCUCAACCAGACUAAGAUUUGGCAGAAUGGUGAUACAACAGCUGUAGAGGCAAAUGCUGAAGAAGUUCAUGAUGAAAACAAGGCUCAGAAUGCACUCACCUGUAGUAAUUCCCCAGAAAAAGCAAGCAAUGAGCAAUACAUGUGGUCAUAUCAACAGCCAGAUGAGCAAAGUCGGCCAGAUGAGAUGCAAGCUGAGGAGCAGGAGCAGGAAACUGGACCAGGAAAGCAGGUCUUGUCAACUACAUUCAGGCUGAACCUAAAAAGUGAAAAGCGGUCCGCUGUAUCAGAGGUAGAGGAAGCAGUAGAGGAAGAGAUGGAGGAAAGAGUAGCUGCAGAGGAAGAGCAGGCACCAAGCAAAGAGGACAAUGAGAGACUCACUGCUUUUUGUCAGUCAUCAUCUCAAGAAAUUCAGUCCUCCCCUGCAACAGUGAAAACUGUGCCUUUAACCUCAACAUUCCCAUUUAACAUUAGCCCUGGUUGCUCCCCUCAUCAAGGGACCUCCGAUACCAAAUCUCCAGCUUUCCUGUUCGCUCUGAACUCUGGUCCUAGCACGCCGGGCUUCUCUGGAUUUGGGUUUGAUAUGGGCUCUUCACAGGAGGAGGACUCAUCCUUCCCGUUCACCAGCUCUUUUUUCAGCGAGAAGAAAAUGAUGGAGUCAAAAUCAAGCGGCCCUGACUUCCUGUUUGACCAACCAGAGCAGAGUGAAGACUUCCAGUUUACCUUUAGCUCCAAGAGCCCUCAGACCACCAACAGAGAAAACACCAGCGAUGAGUUUCCAUUUUCAUUCAACUUUUGAGAGUUUUAAGGGAAACAUCUGAAAGUUCAUGAUUUAGUCCCUUUAGUUGUUCUCAUGUUGAACUGAAGUUUAGAUUUCAUGGUUUAACUUCAUUUUAAAACAUCUACUUCAGCAGUUCUAAAAAUCUAAGUGAAAUUUGCCAGAUUUGACUUUUCCAAAUGCAUUUUUUUAGUUCUGUGAAUUGGUGGCUAUUCAUUUGUCUAUGUAUCUUAAUAUCACAUUUCACUAUUUAUUCACACUAGUAAGAACACAUUUCUAACAAUAUCAUUGUUGAAUACGUUUUAUUGAAGCUCUAGCAUUGGUCUAAAAAUAAUAAACAAUGUAUAUAUUCCCUUAAAGAUUUCCCUAUUGUAAGUACAUUAGAUGUGAAGUUUGUCACAUAGUGUAAGUAAAUGCAUAUAUCUAUAUAUAGUGAAUUACUAUUCAUUUUGCAUUGAUUAUUGACUGUGUUUAAAAAAAAUAGAAAAUCCUCACAGUAAGUGUCAGGAGAGUAUCUCAGUUAGCCACUGGAGCACCCCAACUUUUAUUAAACAUAAAAGUGCGUUAAAAUUCAGGGGCUCCAAAAUUUAGUAGUUCUCACUUGUAGCUAAUAAGAAGCUUGUUACAACACUGAUAUACACCUUUCUUUUACUUUAGGCUCAUGUUCAGUUAAAGGCAAAAAUCUCUUUAUAGGCCUUCUAUGUAUGUGAUUCUGUACCAAACCAUUAAUUACACAUCACAUACAAUCUGCUUUACAUAAUAUUUUUCUGUAGUAAAUCAAUUAAAUUGUUGCUUCUUUGUACACCUGA